UCCCCGGCCGGCGCGUGGGUGAACAUCUCAGCCGACCCUCCCUCGCUCCCUCGGCGGCAGCAUCGGCUCCCGGCCGUGCACCGGCACGCGUAGGCGCCGGGAUCCGCGGGAAAACAGCCAAAACCACACAUUGCUCCCAAAGGCCAUCAGCACCUCCGAGCACUUUCCUCCCUCGCCAGCAGGACCUUGGGAGCACCUCUGCCGGACCGCCAUGCUCCUUGUCCCGCGGCUCGUCCUCCUGGCCGGCCUCGUCCCGCACGCCCUCGGCUCAUGGGGCGUCAGCUACCCCGAAGCCCUGCAGGACCUGACGGGCUCGUGCGUCGUGGUCCCCUGCACCUUCAGCUACCCCGGCAGCGUCUCGGCCAGCAACGGCAUCGUGGCCAUCUGGUACAAGGACUACGACGGCCAGAAGACUGUGGUCUACCACUCGGCCGCCCAAGACGAGGUGGACGGCAGGUUCAGGAGCCGCGCCAGGCUCCUGGGGGACCCCGCGGAGCACAACUGCACGCUGCUGCUCGGGGAGGUGACACCCGAGGACAGCGGGACCUACAGGUUCCGGUUCGAGAUCGUGAACGGCGACCGGUGGUCGGCUGCGCGGGACGUGGUGCUGACGGUGUUGGAUGACCCCAAGCACCCAACCACUGCGGCGGAUGAGGAGAUCUCCGAGGGGGCCACGUCCACCUUCAGCUGCUUCACUCCCUACGCCUGCCCCUUCAGCAGCGUCGCCUUGGGCUGGAGGGGCUUCAACGCGCAGGUCUCCACGGUGUCCUCCAGCAUCCGGCUGGACACCAGCGGGGUGAAUCGCAGCCAGACCCUCACCACCUCCUUCUCCUGGAAGGACCACUCUAAAAAGCUGUUCUGCGAAGUUUCUUUGGGGUCCAGGAAGGCCGCGGGGGAGGUGCUCCUGCGGGUGAGACAUGCCCCUAAGGACACCAAGGUGUCGGUGACCCCCUCCGCGCAGAAUAUCCGUGUGGGCGACGCGGUGUCCUUCACCUGCACCGUCAACAGCAGCUACCCGCCCAUCACCGCGUACCGGUGGUACAAGGACGGCACGGCUGUGGCCGGCGAGCGGGUCCUGACGCUCCAGCAGGUCCGUCGUGAGGACUACGGCCAGUAUCGCUGCGAAGCCGAGAACCCGGUUGGGUCCGGAGCGGCGCCGGCUGUGACCCUCUACGUCUUCUCUGCAGAGAUCUCUGUGAGCCCCGCGGCCGAGGUGCGGGAGGGGACCACGGCCGCGUUGUCCUGCGACGUGCCCGGCAGGGACAGCCAGGACCUCAACUACACCUGGUACAAGAACAGCGUGUGGCUCAAGGAGGGCCACGCUCACUCGCUGGUGUUUCACGACGUGGCCGUCGGCGACACGGGCUAUUACUCCUGCAAGGUGCAGAACGACCUGGGCAGCGUGACGUCCCAGGCCGUCAGCCUGAGCGUGACAUAUCCCCCCCGGACCCCAACUAUUGCCCUGUUCCAGGAGACGCAGGACGGCAAGCUGGCUAUCGUGCACUGCACCGUGGACAGCCGCCCGCCGGCCACCAUGGCCCUCUACCACGACGGGAACCUGGUGGCCACCACCGGCUCCCACGCGGCCCCCAGCCAGCGGCUCAGCGUCACCACCUCCCGCAACUCCCUGCGGCUGGAGAUCCGCGGCGUGGAGCCGGCGGACAGCGGGGAAUACCGCUGCACGGCCAGCAACGCCCACGGCAAUGCCACUGCUGCCAGGCCCUUCACCGCCCGGACUGCGCGGGUGCUGAUCCGGCCCUCGGCGGAGGUGCGCGAAGGGGACGCCGUCACCCUGACGUGCCAGGCGGCCCGGCCCGCGGCCACCUACGCCUGGUACAAGAACGGCCGGCCGCUGGCGGAGAGCUCGGAGGCGGUGCUGCUCUUCCCGUCCGUCCGCAGCCGGGAUGCGGGCACUUUCCACUGCCGAGCCUGGAGCAUCAGCGGCGGCGACGGUGACACCUCGGCAGCGGUGCCCCUGCGCGUGCUCUUCCCACCCAGACCACCAGUGCUGAGCUCCUUCCUAGAGACCCAGGGCGGGCACCUGGGCAUCAUCCAGUGCACCGUUGACAGCGACCCGGAGGCCCAGCUGACCCUGCUCAGAGGAGAAGCAGCAGUAGCCUGCACGUGGGGCUGCCACGUAGCCCCCAACCCACGGCUCCGCGCGACCCCCUCGCACAACAGCCUGAAGCUGGAGAUCCGUGAGGUGGUGCUGGAAGAUGAGGGCACCUACGUGUGCUUGGCGAGGAACCCGCAAGGCAACGCCAGUGCCUCCGUGGGCUUCACGGCCGAGACUGCCCGGAUCCAGGCAGAUCCCUCCUCCCGGGUGCUGGAAGGCCACGCUGUCAACCUGACCUGCCGGGUGAGCAGCGGCUCCCCGGCUCUGCUUAACUUCACCUGGUACCGAAACGGCCGGCAGCUCCCCGAGGCCUCGGCGGCCUCCCUGGCGUUUCAGCGAGUGGCAAGCGCGGAUGCCGGGCUCUACUACUGCAAAGCGACCACGGACGGGACCAGCCGGAGCUCCGCCGCGGUCUCCCUGGACGUGCUGUACCCCCCAAGGGACCCCCGGGUGACUCCGUUCCUGGAGAUGCAGCGAGGAAGGCUGGCCAUCUUCCAGUGCUCGGUGCAGAGCAACCCUCCUGCCCAGCUGGACCUCUACAAGGGAGACGAGCUCGUGGCCUCCAGCGACCCCGGGAGCAGCCCCAGGCAGCGGGUCAGCGUCACGGCCUCCCCAAACGCCCUCCGAGUGGAGAUCCGGGACGUCACGCUGACGGACGAGGGCAGCUACCGCUUCGUCGCUACCAACGCACACGGCACCGCGUCCCGUCGCCUGUAUUUCCGCGUGCAGACGGCCAGAGUCCUUGUUGUGCCGUCCACGGAGGUGACGGAAGGAGACGACGUCUCCCUGACGUGCGACUUGAUGGGAGACCCGCCGGAGGACACCGUCUACUCGUGGUACAAGAAUAGCAAGCAAGUCCGAGAAGGCUCAGACAACUUCCUCGCCCUGCCCCGCAUCUCUAGCGAAGCCAUGGGCUCCUACCACUGCAAAGCCCACAGUCCCGCGGGAGCCAGCACCAGCAUCUCUCCGUCCAUCAGCCUACGAGUCUUCUACCCACCUCGCGAGCCCGUGCUGGCCUCCUUCCUGGAGACGUCCGACGGGCGGCUGGGCAUCCUGCAGUGCACCGUGGACAGCAACCCGCCGGCCGAGCUGGCCCUCUUCAAGGGAGACCUGCUCGUGGCUUCCACCGCGCAGCCCCAGCCCGCGGCCCCGCCGCGGCUCAGCGCGUCCUCCUCGCUCAACAGCCUGCGGGUGAAGAUCCACGCCGUGGUGAUGGAGGACGAAGGGGCGUACGUGUGCUUGGCCAGCAACGCCUACGGCAACGCGAGCACCUCGGGGAACUUCACCGCGGGGACUGCCAGGGUCUGGAUCUCUCCCUCCCCGGACGUCCGUGAAGGCGACGCCGUGAACCUGACGUGCGCGGUGGCCCGCAGCGGCCAGGGAACGCCGACCUACGCCUGGUACAAGGACAACGCCUGGCUCGGCGACGGGCCUUCCCCAUCGCUCGCCUUCCCCAGGGUGGCCGUCACCGACGCCGCCUCCUACCACUGCACCGUGCAAACGCCCGAGGGCACCCGGAGCUCUUCCCCCAGCGCCCUCAACGUCCUCUACCCCCCCAGGAACCUGCAGAUGAAGGCGUUCCUGCAGACGGACGAGGGGACGGCGGCCAUCCUCACCUGCGCCGUGGAGAGCAACCCGCCCGCCGAGAUGACCCUGCUCAGGGCCGGAGAGCUGCUGGCCGCCAGCCCGGCCGGUGGCGGGGGCCGCCGGGGGCCCAACGCCCUGCGGCUGGAGCUGGGGGCCGCGGCGGGGGCCGAGGGCGAGUACGAGUGCCGGGCGCGCAGUCCCCUGGGCAGCACCCGCGCCUCCCUGCCCCUCCGCCUGCAGACCGUCAGGGUGGUGGCACGACCCGCGGCCGAGGUGCCCGAGGGGGCCGGCGUGACGCUGAGCUGCGAGGCCCCCGACGCCCCGCCGGGCACCGUCUACGCCUGGUACAAGAACACGCGGUGGCUGGCGGAGGGUCCCGCUGCCACGCUGGCGCUGGCCGCCGCUGCGCCCGCCGACACCGGUGCCUACUCCUGCCAGGCCGGCACGGGGCCCGGUGCCCGCCGGGCGCUCCCCACCGCCCUGCGCGUCCUCUACGGCCCCCGGGACCUGUCCCUUACGGCGUUCCUGGAGAGCCCGGGGGGGCGGCGGGCCAUCCUGCACUGCACCGCCGACAGCCACCCGCCCGCGGCCAUCACCCUGCGCAGGGGCACCGACCCCGCUGCCCUGGCCUCCACGCAGGGACCCUCCGACCCGCGCCUGCGCGUCCGGGCGGCCCCCAACUCCCUGCGGGUCGAGCUGAGCGCCGUGGAGCCGGGGGACGCGGGGCCCUACGUCUGCUCGGCCAGCAACGCCUACGGCAACGCUUCCACCGCCGCGCGCCUGGCCGCAGAGCCCCUCAGAAUCACCGUGGAGCCCUCGCCCGAGGUCCCCGAAGGCGCCGCGGCCACCCUGACCUGCUCGGCGGCCCCGUGGGUCGGGGAGGAGGUGAACUUCACCUGGUACAAGAACGGCCACUGGCUGCAGGAGGGACCGGCCGGCUCCCUGGUCUUCGCCCGCGUCUCCAGCGCCGACGCCGGCUCCUACCGCUGCCACGCGAGCGGGACGCGCGGGAGCGCUGCCUCGGCCCCCGCCAGCCUGAGCGUCACCUACCCCCCCCGGAGCGUGUCCGUCCUCACCUUCCUGGAGACCGGCAGCGGGCGGGUGGGCGUCGUGGUGUGCACCACCGACAGCCGCCCGCCCGCCGCCCUCGCCCUGUACCGCCGCGGCCUCCUCCUGGCCUCCAGCCGAGGCCCCCCCGCCGCCGGGCAGCACCUCCGCGCCGUCGCCUCCCACAACGCCCUGCGCCUGGAGCUGGGGGCCCUGGGGCCCGAGGACGCGGCCGAGUACACGUGCGUGGCCGCCAACGCCGCCGGCAACGCCACGGCCACCUCCUACUUCAACACGCGCACGCUCUCCCACCUCCUCAUCUUCACCGUCCUGGCGGGGCUGCUCAUCGCCCUCAUCUGCGCCGCCGCGGUGGCCUUCGCGGCCGUGAGGCUGUGGCCCAGGAUAAGGAAGUUUAGGGGCCUGCCAAGCGCUGAGGACACCUUUGAACUGAACAGCAAACGGGAGCAGGUGCAGGUGGACGGAGCCUCCUAGACUGGUGCCUCUUUGGCCCAGGAGCAGCUGUAGCAGCUUGUGCUGGAACUGCACAGACCGCCCCUUGCCUGGCCUGAUCCAGGCCAACGAUGCAAAUUCCCGGCCUCGUGGACUGAGCGCCGGCAUGGAGAAUGCUCACCUGUGGCCUGAGCUGGCAACCCUCACUCUUGGGAUAAUCCAGCUCCAUCUCCGCUUUCCCUCCAUGCCCUUGUCUUCUCAGUCCAUCCUCUCCUCCCCUUUCUGCCUCUCUCCUGUCCCCUUCCCCACCAUGGAUGUUGUUCUCACUCUGGGCACGGUCUCCUGUGCUCGUGACAGUGCGUGGUGCACCGUGUGUGCCAGGCGCAGGAAAGCUGUGACUGCUCAGAGCCCCGCUCGGGCUGCGAGACCCCCGAGGAAUAUUUCUGGGGUGGUGGCAAGAGCCUGGCAUCAGCCUCUGCAUCUCCACCACCCUUCGUGCCCAGGGCACGGCCCACUUGUGAUGCUACGUAGCCUGCACGUGGCAGGGCCUCCCCAUGUGCUACUCGUCUGUCUGGAAAUAAAGCACGGAGCA